AUGCUCACUAUGGCGGCGGAGGCUUUGGCAGAGAUAUCUCUUGCAGCCGGUGGGCUUCGGCUUGGGUUCAAAGUCAAGGAGAAUGAGCUGGAAUCGGUGGAUGGGAGCACGCAGCCCUUGGGGCCCCACCUGCAGGAAGAAGGUGCUCUUGUGGAGGCGGGGGCCCGCGCCAGCCGGGACUGCCUCACUCGGGUUGCCAAUGCUGUGGACCUCCUGCAGGACAAGGUCGAAGGCCUGCAGGACUUUGAGACGGCCGUGAGCCACCUGCAGAGCUUUGCCGUGAAGGCGACACUGGGCAAGCAUGAGGGGAGCCACCCAGGCGCCAGCAUCCGUUCAAGGGACAGGGACACGGGGCCCAGACCCGCGGAGAGUGUCAGGACCCCAGGUGCCGAAGAACUGGAGGAGGAUGUGAAGCGUCUAGAAGAACUCCUAGACGUUGAAAUCAGCUCGGAAGGCCAUCGGUCCGUGAGUAAGGCCAUGGCGGAGGCCGCCCGCAUCCAUGCUGAGCGUCGGGAUGGCGUUGUCAACAUCCCAGACUGGACCCGGAGGCCCAGCAGCCUGGAGCGCCGGUGGCUGGAGUACUCCCUGGCGGGGCUGGUGGCCGUGUGGGGCGCCUCGUGGCUGCUUCGCCAUAGCCCGCUGUGCGGCAGCCGCGACUUUUACGACUGGGGCAACGCGGUGAAGUUCGCGGUGGCCACGCAUGUGGUGACGCCACUCAGCAACCUGAAAGACGAGGUUCUGGUGAAAUUCCGCCGCACCGGCUCGAGCGUCGUUUCAAAAGAAGAUUUUGAGACCAGCAAGCGCUCCCUUUACCGAAUGCUCAAAGACUUCGAGAAGGACUACAGGGACAAAGUGCGCAAGGCGCACAAGGCUGUGGAACUCCCGAGCGACACUCCCAAACAGGCAGUUCAGGUGGUCGAGGGCAUGGAGACGCUCAUGCGUGCCUACGAGAUGGAACUCAAGUCGCCCGUAUGGAACUUGGUCAAUGGGUCGCUCGCCAGAGCGCUGCUGAUCCAGGUCCAAAAAUUGAAGGUGGACACGGAAGCCGCGAUGUUGGAGCUGGACCAGAUCCUUGAGGCCAACGAGCUGAACGUGGCGCUUAUAGCCGCCAUCCCCGCCCUCUUCCUGGCGGGCAGCGCCGCGUAUUGGCUGCUCAGCGUCAUCAACAGGGCGGGUCCCGACCCCAGAAAAUCGCUGGUGCCGUGCAGGCUGGGGCUUGUGGAGCUUGAGCGAGCGUUGAAUCGGAGCAGCAUGGUCGGCAUGACACCGGAGGCGCGGGGACUCGUCAUUCUGAGAGCGCAUAAGGUGUACGUUAGCUGCCACCGAGUGUACCAGGACCGCGACCGCACCUCCGAGCAGUCGGAGUGGCCGACGCUCGAGAAGGAGCUCAUCGACCUGGCGCGGCCACUGCCGCCCGAAAAGAAGAUCAAGAUCUGCGAGCGCAUGAGGACAACCUACACAAUCUUCCAGGCUUGA